UCUACACACAACUGAAUCACUUUCAACUUUGCAUACCGAGGUAUCCGUCUGUGUUAAGGAUUGCAUCUUUGAGAUAGUAGGCUUGCCCCGGAGCUGUUUUCAUAUUUUCAAUGGCGCUAACCGCUCUAAGGGUUUUACCUGGAUGUAACACGCGGCCUGGAUUGCGACGGGGAGAUCGCGUCCUUUCUUCGGCGCCGAGAGCUCAUGGCGCCGCCACGUCUCGGCGGUCGCUGCGCCCCCAGGCCAGCAGCUACCAGCCUCCUGUGGGCUCCCCCGUGAACGGCGCCCCUCCCAGCCCCCGCCCCGCCGCCCUCCAGCAGCAGCAGCCCUCCCUCUUCUCCAACAUCGAGCUGCUGAUCCAGUCCACCUUUAGCAGCAGCCAGCCGGGUCAGCGCGGCGACUGGGCGGAGGUGGAGGGCUGCUACGUGCUCUACCCCCCGGCAGGCAGGCAGCCGGCGGCGGUGGCGCACUUCCUGGGAGGGGCCUUCGUGGGGGCGGCGCCGCAGAUGGCCUACCGGCUGUUCUUGGAGGCGCUGGCUAACCGGGACAUCCUGGUGAUCGCCACUCCCUACAGCACCUCCUUCGACCACCUGCGUAUCGCGGAUGAGUGUCAGUUUAAAUUCGACCGGGCGCUGCGGGCCCUCUCCGCCGGCCCCCUCGCCCCGGGGGCCCUGCCGCCGUCCUCGCUGCCCGCUUACGGGGUGGGGCACUCGCUGGGUGGGCUCAUACACCUGCUCAUCUCGGCACGGUAUGCGGUGCAGCGCUCCGGCAACGUGUUGUUGUCGUACAACAACCGCCCCGCCUCCGACGUCAUCCCGCUACUGAGCCCGCUGCUGGCGCCCUCCGCCCGGCUGAUGGAGCCGCUGCUGAGUCAGCUGGCCGCAUCGCCGCUGCGGGGGACACUGGAGGGCCUCAGCGAGGCUGUCAAGGGCUUCUCCCCCUCCCCGCUGCGCCAGGCGCUGCCCCUGCUGGAGCAGCUGGCCCCGCUGCUGCUGGACGCGGCUGGCGGGCGGUCCGAGUUCGUGCCCUCUCCCGAGGAGACGCGGCUGCUGGUGCGCACCUACUACGGCGUGUCACGCAAUAUGCUGCUGAGGUUCAAGGAUGACGGGCUGGACGAGACGAACAGCCUGGUGCAGCUGCUGCAGGGUUCCUCCGCUGUGGGUGAGGUGCUGGACCUCACGGUGCGCACCCUGCCCGGGGACCACCUGCGCCCGCUGCACCAGGCGUUCGUGGACCUGCCGCCAGAGGUCGCCCGCUUCGCCGCGGGAGCCGUGGAGAGCACCGGCGGGGCGCUGGGGCGGCUGGCGGGGGUGGCGUCGCAGCUGGGGGUGCAGCAGGCCACCGUCCCCCUGGAGGAGCUAUCGCGGGGUGUGGUGGGUAUGUCCUCGCUGCUGGGGGGGCAGGUGGGAGGGCCCGUCACUGACGCCAUGCAGGGUCUGGCGGACGAGGUGGCGGCGUGGAUGGGCAGCGGCGCAGUGGCUAUGUCGGGGACUCGGGCGCUGCCGGCAGCCGCACUGUACGGCAGUGGGGCCGGCAGCGGGGGCUACUCGCAUGCGGCGGGGUCGCAUCUGUGAGGUGCACGGGGCCGGGGAGCAGGAUUAUGGUAGAUAGCCGGGAGGAGGGGGAAGGCGGGGAGGAGGCAGGGGAGGGAGGAGCGAGAGAGGAGAGGUGGGGAGUGGAGCGGUUGGGGGAAGAGGGAGGCCGUGAGGGUGCUGAGGAGGAGGAGGAGGGGGGAGCUACUUUCUUGCGCCUAGGAGGCGCAAGGAGGCUCGCGACAUGUCACAUAUGCGGUAUGCUUGGGCUCUGCUAGGGAGCUGCGCGGCCCUCUUGUGCUGCUGUCCUGAAGUGUUGCGUGCGACCAGGGGUGUCAUUGAUCAGUGGCGAUGGAUUCAUGGCCCUGCUGCGGCUUACUUAGGGGUGCGAUUACUGGUAUACAGAGAAGGCUCUCGUACGUGUUGUGUAUCUUCAUAUCAUGCUUUGUGUUUAGGACUGCUGCGGCUGUCAUGGUCAUCUCACAGCGGCUGAGGGGACAAUAAAUACAAUAAACACACACAUGCGGUUUUGUGUGUCUGCGGGGUUUAAACCCCUGUGGGCCGCGGGGGGGGGUGGAUGCUGCCCAGAACCGACCGGAUCCGGCGGGGUGUGUGACCCGUGCGGUGGGGCGGUGGGGCGCGAGUUGCAUUGGGUCAGCACGUCUGGGGUACAUACCUGUUGUGUUAAGAAAACUGGUGAUCGCGGUGUUUUCUCGGAUUGCGAUUGCCGUACGUCAUAUCCUUAUUUGCAUGCUGUGUUGAGUAUCCAUUUUUAACCUACCGCGUAAUAUAUCCCGACACAAAUCUACGUACGCAUAGGGGGGCUGAGUUGCCGCGGGGAGCUGUGCAGGGGUGUGAGCGCCGCUUGUGUGGUUGAGCGGAAAACAAGAGCAAGCAUUUGGGAUAGGUUGGGUUGCCGCCGUGUGUGCCUAGGCGGGGCGGGGCGGGGCCCAUGUGACGAGCCCUGGCCCGGCCUGACAUGUGACACACUGCUUGCAUGGCUUGCAUGGGGGAAGUGGGAGAUGUAAAACUGAGGAAACUGACGAGGAGGUGUCUGGCAGGGCUUUAUCAUGGGGUGCAUGCAUGCAAACAUGGUAGCCGUCCCAUCCCACCCUGCCCGAAUUAGUCAAUCCGAGCAACAAAUGGAC